GGCGCCUGACUGGAACGCUUGGGUACAGAACAAGGGUAGCGCAGAGGUGACCCUGCCUUCUUGUCCACUCCGAGAUCAGGCUGCACACCGCUCAUCCUCCCUCUGCUGCAAUGGCUGAACCCAUCCGUGUUGUUGUUACCGGUGCCGCUGGUCAAAUCGCCUACUCCCUCCUGUUCAGCAUCGCCAAGGGAGAUGUGUUUGGAAAGGACCAGCCGAUUGUCCUGAUCCUCCUGGACAUCCCGCCCAUGCUGCCGGUGCUGGAUGGGGUGGUGAUGGAGCUGCAGGACUGUGCUCUGCCUCUGCUCAGGGAGGUGAUCCCCACAGACAAAGUGGAGGUGGGCUUUAAGGACAUCGAUGCAGCCAUCUUGGUAGGGUCCAUGCCCAGAAAGGAGGGCAUGGAAAGGAAGGACCUGCUCAAAGCCAACGUCAGCAUCUUUAAGACCCAGGGAGCUGCUCUGGACCAGUAUGCCAAGAAGACAGUCAAGGUCCUUGUUGUGGGGAACCCUGCUAACACCAACUGUCUGAUCGCCUCUAAAUCAGCCCCCUCCAUCCCCAAAGAGAACUUCUCCUGCCUGACCCGCCUGGACCACAACAGGGCCUGCUCACAGGUGGCGAUGCGCUGUGGUGUGUCCUCUGACCAUGUGAAGAACGUUAUCAUUUGGGGAAACCACUCGUCCACUCAGUAUCCGGACGUGCACCACGCCAAAGUCAACCUCCAGGGGGCAUCGGUUCCAGCCUACGAUGCAGUGAAGGACGAGGACUGGCUCAGAGGAAAUUUCAUCUCUACAGUGCAGCUGCGCGGUGCAGCUGUGAUCAAGGCCCGGAAACUGUCCAGCGCCAUGUCAGCCGCUAAAGCCAUCUGCGACCACAUGAGGGACCUCUGGUUUGGCACCAAGGAUGGCGAGUUCACCUCUAUGGGAGUCUUUGCCAAAGGAAACCCCUAUGGCAUCCCUGAGGACCUCAUCUACUCCUUCCCUGUUCAGAUCAAGAACAAGACAUGGACAAUCGUAGAGGGUCUCUCCAUUAACGACUUCUCUCGGGCCAAAAUGGAUGCCACAGCACAGGAGCUGGUGGAGGAGCGUGACACUGCUGUGCACUUCCUGUCACAGUGACUACACCAGGACUUGCCGAACAUCGGCUCCUCACGCCUAUGAAGACCCCUAUGUUGAGUUUUAGUGAGAGACUGCUGUGGUGUGUGUUCUGGCCUCUUUCCUGUAGGUUUAUAUAUAAAACCUGUUUAAAUGACCACAACUGGCCUCCUCAGAGUGUAGCACCGACAUGUAGAUGAAUCGCACAUACUGUAAAGAAAUGUGUUGUCACCAAUAAAACACUGAAACAAA